AGUCUGACCCUCCUCUACGAGACUCGACUUCGCCUUGUCGCUGACUGCUCCUCAAAACUGUCGACUAUUGCCCGAAUCUAUCCUGCAGCUCACCGUGCGCCGCGACGACAGACCGCCACCAUGGGUGUCAUCUACUAUCUCCUGCACCCGAACCAGCUCCGUUCCAUCAUUCAAUGGAAGGUCUGGCACGACCCCGUUCACCACCGCGAUCCCUCCAAGGAAGACCCUACGCUGAAGUCGUGCUUCGAAUUCCUCAACUUGACGAGCCGCAGCUUCUCCGCCGUCAUUCAGGAGCUCAACCCCGAGCUUCUGGUCCCCGUCUGCCUGUUCUAUCUCGUGCUGCGCGGCCUCGACACCAUUGAAGAUGACAUGACGUUGGAUAUCAAGGAGAAGGAGCCUCUGCUGCGCCAGUUUGACAAGUACAUGGAGACGGACGGCUGGACUUUCACCAAGAACGGCCCCAACGAGAAGGACCGCGAGCUGCUGGUGCACUUUGACGAUGUCGUGGUCGAGCUGAAGAAGAUCAAGAAGCCCUACUACGAGAUCAUCAAGGAUAUCACGAUCAAGAUGGGCAACGGCAUGGCUGACUACGCUCUCAACGCGGAGCACAACGAGAACGGCGUUGCGACUAUCAAGGAGUACGAGCUCUACUGCCAUUACGUUGCUGGUCUCGUCGGCGACGGCCUGACCCGCCUCUUUGUCGAGGGCAACAUGGCCAACCCCAAGCUUCUCGAACGCCCCGAGCUCACCGAGUCCAUGGGACAGUUCCUCCAAAAGACCAACAUCAUCCGCGACGUCCACGAAGACUACCUCGACAGGCGCCGAUUCUGGCCCAAGGAGAUCUGGAGCAAGCACGUUGACACCUGGGACGACCUUUUCAAGCCCGAGAACCUGCCCAAGGCUCUCGAGUGCAGCUCCGAGAUGGUGCUCAACGCCCUCAAGCACACCGAGGAGUGCUUGUUCUACAUGGCCGGCAUCAAGGAUCAGAGCGUCUUCAACUUCGUCGCCAUUCCCCAGAGCAUGGCCAUUGCGACGCUGGAGCUUGUUUUCCGCAACCCUGCCAUCUUCAGCAGCCACAUCAAGAUCACAAAGGGCGACGCAUGCCACCUCAUGACCAAGUCAACACAGAACCUUUUCGUAGUAUGUGAGGUUUUCAGGGACUACACCCGUCGGAUACACAAGAAGAACGACCCGCGCGACCCCAACUACGUGCAGAUUAGCGUGCAAUGCGGCAAGAUUGAGCAAUUCAUCGAUUCUCUGUUCCCGAGACAGGACCCCAAGAAGCUCGGAGAAGCGGCGAAACAGAAAGAGCGGGUCCAGCCGGGCAUGGAUGCAGGCGAAGCUUUCGUAUUGGGCGGCAUGGUUCUUCUGACCCUCUUUUUCGUCUCUGGUCUCAUGAUUGGUACGGCCUGGUUCUUUGGCGCACGCUUCGACUCGUUGUGGAAGACGGACAGCAUUUACUGGCCUGGCAGCGAGCCCGGUGCGUCGACGCCGAUUGAACACAAGGAGCUGUAA